AUGCUUCCGGACAGGAAGAUGUAUGCGUUAUUAACCAGACCCCAAAAUAAGAGUGGGUUUAAGCCACUGCCUGUCGUAAUCAUAGGGAACGGACCUUCAGGAAUCUGUCUCUCCUAUUUGCUCUCAGGCUACAUCCCUUACUUCAAAAGAGACUCUCUUCAUCCUCAUCCUAUUCUUCAGAGGAAACUGGAAGAGGCGCCGGAUAUCUCCAUUUUGGACCAGGAUUUGGAGUAUCUGUCUGAAGGCUUGGAGGGACGAUCUCACAGCCCUGUGGCUCUUCUAUUUGAUACUCUUCAGCGUCCAGACACAGACUUUGGUGGAAGAGCAGAAUCUGUCCUCACUUGGUGGCAUGAGACCGACAGAGCCGUCCCCCACCUGGUCCUUGGCAGAAACGCUCCUGGAGGUGCCUGGCAUUCCAUCGAGGGCUCUAUGGUUACCCUGAGCAGAGGGGAAUGGAUGGGACUCCCAGAUCUCCCAUUCAAGGACUGGCUAAAGCAAAAGAGAAGAGGCCUCAGAAACAAUAGAGCCACAGCAGAAGACAUUGCUCAAUAUUACCAACACUAUGUGAUGAAGAAAGGACUGCAGAAGAAUUUCAGAUGUGGUACUGUUGUGACCUCUGUGAGGAAAGUGAGUGCAGGCACAGAAAGAUCUCACUCACAGAAAGAUCUGCAGGAGAAUAGUGACUCACUCUGGAACUUCAACGAGAAAAGUACGGAGGUCUUUCAGGUGGAUGGAUUUUUCAAAACUGUGAAAGGUGAUAAAGAGCCCUUCUCCGUCUAUGCAGAGAAUGUGGUCUUAGCUACAGGAACAUACGAUAGUCCUACUUGGCUUGGGGUCAAGGGAGAGAACCUUUCUUAUGUCCAUCAUCAGCUGUCUGCCCUAGAGGAAGCAGUGAAGAACAGCAGCAUUGGCAUCAUGUCUGAUCCAGUCUUGAUUGUAGGUGCUGGUCUGACAGCUGCUGAUGCAAUUCUCUUUGCUCACCACUGCAAUAUUCCAGUAAUCCAUGUUUUUCGGAGACGAGUCAGUGAUCCAGGUCUUAUUUUUAACCAGCUCCCCAAAAUGAUGUACCCUGAAUACCACAAAGUCCAUCAGAUGAUGAAAGAACAGUCGGCUGCUUGUGCUGGGCCCUAUGACUGUUACGUUAGCCUUCCUGAACAUCAUGUGCUAUCCUUUGGCAAGGACAAGAAAUGUAUCUUUCAAGACAAGAAUGGCUACCAGAAAGUUUAUAAAAUUUCCAUGGCUCUUGUUCUAACUGGCUCAAAUCCCAACCUCUCCUUUCUGCCAAAUAAUGGCAUUGACUUGGCAAUGGACAGUGACCAACCAGUCAAUCCAAAGAGGAAUCCCAUAGAUGUUGACCCAUUCACCUAUGAAUGCACUCAGGAGAAAGGGCUUUAUGCUCUAGGACCUCUAGCUGGAGAUAACUUUGUACGCUUUGUACAGGGAGGGGCUCUGGCUGUUGCCAGCUCUCUGUUAAAGAAAGCAAACAAAAAUCCCCCCUAAC